GCUUUUGCGCGCACAUAUAUUUUGGAUUAACAUUUUACUUAAUUGUGGAUAAAAUAAAUCAAGAAGAUGCAUCCACAAGUUCCCAGGCUGUUGCUGCUUUUGGCAUUUUUGCAGCCCCUGCUGGUCUCUGCUGGCUAUCACUACGAUCGGCCCACGGCACCAACAGCGCCUGCCUCUGUGUACACGGGCCACAAGUUUGGUCCACUGCCCACUGUCCAGCCCUUGCCGCCAGUGCCGGCAUUGCCUGCUCUGCCCACGCCACGCCCCAUACCGCGCAGCCGCCCAGCCUCAGCGCCCGCUGCCGCUAUUGCCAAUCACUAUCUGCCGGCGAGACCGACAGCAGUUGCCCCGCCAGCGGCCAAUGUGGUCAGCCACUACUUGCCACCGAUUGCCUCGCCCAUCUCACAGGUCAGCUAUCAUGGCGUGGCGACGCCCAAUGUGAAGCCCAUUCCGGCCAGCGUAUAUGGCGCCCCUGGAGGAGGAUAUAGCAUCACACAGCAGGUUAAUCAGCAGCUUGCAGGCUCGCCCAUUGUCGUUCCAUCGGGACCUUCGGCCCAAGCAUUUGUGGCAUCGGCUCCAUCAGCUCCAUCCUCUCCAUCCGCACCAUCGGCUCCAGCCCUGUUAUCUUCCGGGGCCGCGCUGCGCGUGCCCUUCGGCAAGCAGCCGCUCAUUUCUCCGGGAGAGACUUACGUGGCCAAUGGACGACAACUGAAGCAAUAUGCUGUCGUGGAGUUCAUCGACAAUGACAUUGACCAGAGCACCUCCCCGUUCCUGCACUCCUCCUUCUUCGACGAAUAUCGCGCGCACAUUGGCGCUUCCGGCACAGGCGCCACACCGCCUACCGGCAAUGGCCUCCAGAUCGACUCGCGCGCCAAUGCUCUGGUCUUGGAGCAGCAGGCGCUCGGCGUGCAGUCACGCGCCCAGCAGGGCGAUGCCAUUGCCUUGGGAUCGGGCGGCCUCGGCUACAUACGUCUGCCCAACGGCAACGUUUACUUGGGCUCCGGCUCUCUUGGCUACAUCAGCGGCCAGCAGCGGAUUGCUUCUGUGCGGGAUGCGCGCACACGUGCCGACUCGACCCCGGAUGCCGUGCAUUUCGGACACGGACCCUUGGGCGGCGCCGACAAUUUCCUGAGAUUUAAAUAG